GGACAACAAUAAUAAACAUAAAAAAACAUAAAAUAUACAGAUAAAACCCGACACUUUCGGGUUGUCGGAUCUUUGUACGGACAUCGUACAACCAGAUGGUUUUGGCGGGGUUUUAUAGAUAGACGACGGUGAUGAUGAUGGAUUAAUGAAUUUGUGCGUUGAGGUUUUUGCAGAAUGGAUAACAAUAUACCAAUCUAAACGUAUGAAGAUGCUUGCGAAGGAUAAUAUGCCAGCGAAGAUGGUUGGCCCCAAAACAAUCCCUGCUUUCUCAAAAUUUGCAAGUAUGUUUGAGUUGGAAGGGGUUGCCUCACAUUAUUGCCCGGAAAAUGAACUGAAUGCUUGGCGCAAUAAUCCGCAACUCAGCAGCUUCGAAGAUUUGGUUAGGAAGAUGAAUGCUGGAAUAUGUGAUUUUGAAGCAAAUUAUCAAUGGAAAGAGCUAGGAUCUAAUCCUGUUAAUCUCUCACAGAAUCAACUAUUCACAGAAGCAGCUUCAUUGGAGGAGUAUAUUAAUCAGGAUUUUUCGGGACAGCGUUUGGGAAAUUUAAUCCAAAGGGAGACUGUUGCAAUAAAUGGCAGUCCACAAAUGUCCAGCUACAUUGCUCCCAGCUGUGAAGUGAUGCCAACUGUAAGUGUGGCUCAUGGUUACAAUUCAGAUACACCAUACUCUCCUGCCAAUCACUUAAAAUACAACGUUUUGGAGUAUAAUUCAAUGGUGGUUGAUAGAAAUCAAGUUGGGUUUUUGGAAGGAUUUCAUGAUUAUUGGAAUAAUCCAGGAAUUGAAAGUACGUGCAGUGACUCACACUUGAGUCAGAUUUCUAAUGACAUACUUCUUUUUCCUGAAAGAAACUCGGUUGCCACUACAUUUUCUGAAAGGUGUGCUCCCAUCACUACAAAUUUCAAUGGAAAUGAUUUUCUUAAGGUGCAAGCUUUUGAUGAUGGACCAUUCUAUUCCAUGCAAGACUAUCAAUAUAGUAUUGAGGUUCCAUCCAAAGACAGUUCUCAACUACCAUAUCUUGCUCAGGGUGAUACGAAUAACAAAAACAUUUCUACAAGAGCUUUUCCAUCUACAUUUAGAGAAGACUCCAAGUUUCCCAAUACAAGUUUGCAGGUCUCAGAUUAUGCUCAGAAAGUAUUUUCAGAUGAUACGAUCUUGCCUAGCAAUGGUUACUAUGGAAGGAAUUCAACUAUUGAUGGUUUAAUGCAACCUGAACAAUAUCUAGAACAGAAACAGUGGCUGCCUUGUUUGUCGUAUGAGCGACACAGUAAAACAUUUCUGGAUGAAGCUCAAGAAAGUGAAUUUCUUAGUUCAGUAGUUGGACAAACAGUGUUGACAAAUUCUCAGCUCCCUUCAGAACUACUUCAAGACAUUCAUGUUGCUCCAGAAAGUUCAUAUUUUUCCAGUUUAAAGGAAAAUGCCAGUCCUAAAUGUUCAAGCAACCAUUUCGAUGAUUCUUUUGAUUAUAAGAUUUUACUUGCUUAUGGCAGCUACAAGAAUUCGGCCAGGCCCUCAGAAGACUGCAUAGUUUCUUUUGUUAAUAAUUACUUGCAUGAAAAAUUGUGCAAGAACCAAAGUUGCAUGUGUGCCCAAGUCUGUUCUCUUCUAUCACAUUUUGACAACUGUUACUAUGCUGAUUGUGAAAUCUGCGGUUCUAUCCGCAAUCAAUGUUUUACAUAUAAGCGUCACCAAGAUAUUAAUUAUUCGGUCUCUAGCCUCUUGGGGGAUUCCAGCAACACUUUUACUGGUAGGUUUGGCUCUUGGUCCACUGAAAACAUGUUGCCACCUGCAAAACGUUUGAAGUCCGGCUCUUUUUGCUCACAAAACUUGUUUCUAAGUCAUCCGAAGAAGGAAAAUUCCUGUAGUCAAUUUUCAUCUGUAAACAUAACUUCUUUGGCGGCUCCGUUAAAGGUUCAGCCCUCUGACCCUGGUGGAAGUCUGCCAUUGCUAGAAUCUCCUACAUCUAUUAAUGCUGAAGUUCUAGAGGGGAAUGUGGAAUUUUCCAGAAAUUUCAUAAUAGAUCCUUCGUGUUAUUAUCAGAAAACAAAUGAUCCUAGGAGUAAUUGUUUCAGAUUGAAGGCUGACGGCCUGCAUGAACCUUCUAAAGAAGGUAUUGUUGCUUCUGGUUCAGAGAAGAUAGUCGCUGGAAGUUUUUCAGGAACUGUAAAUUUUAUUAUAAACAAUGAGCUAGACAAGUUAAGGGUUAUUGACAUGCCUGCACUCUGUGAAGAGCUUGGUACCUCUUCUAAAAAGGAGGCAAUAGCAGUCAUGUCCAAUGUUGACCUUGCCAAGCCAGAUAUAAGGGGCCAAAAGGAAGAAGAUGUCAAUCCAGACACUCCAAAGAUAAGAGGUGUGUCCUUGAUUGAUUUUUUCUCUGCAGAUGAAAUAAAAGAACACAUAUCAAGUCUUCGGCAGUGGGUUGGUCAGAAAAUAUCAAAGGAAGAAAAGGAAAAACUGGAAAUGCAUAGUGCUGAUGAGAAUACAUGCCAGUUGUGUGCAGCAGAAAAGUUUCUACUAGCCCCAGUUCCCAUAUAUUGCUCAUCAUGCGGUUCUCGCAUCAAACGCAGUGUGAUUUAUUAUAGCACAGCAGAGGAAAAUGGUGUGAGGCAUUGUUUCUGUACCUUGUGUUAUAAGAGUCGAGGUAGAAAUAUCACAUUCUUCGGGAUAACCAUCCCCAAAACCAAGCUGGGGAAAAGGAAGAAUGAUGGGGAGAUUGAAGAACCGUGGGUCCAGUGUGACAAAUGUAAAAGCUGGCAACAUCAGAUAUGUGCUCUCUUCAAUGGUAAAAAAGACAUUGAAGGAAAAUCUGAGUAUAUAUGUCCCAAAUGCUGCUUAGAGGAGAUUGAAAGCAGGGAACAGAUGCCAGUACCAAAAUCUACUGUUUUUGGCGCAAAAGAUUUGCCAACCACGUUGCUCAGUGCCUUUUUAGAGCAAAGACUCCUUAGGCGUCUUAGACAAGAGAAAGAAGAGAAAGCCAAGGCUAUUGGGAAGAGCGUUGAUGAGGUUCCUGGAGCAGAAGGCCUUGUGGUCCGAGUAGUUUUAUCUGUUAAAAAACAAUUAAACGUGAAGAAGCAGUUUUUGGAUAUUUUUCGAGAUGGAGAUUUUCCAGAUAAAUUUUCAUAUCGGUCGAAGGUGAUUCUUUUGUUCCAGAAGAUUGAAGGAGUAGAUAUAUGCCUUUUUGGCAUGUAUGUGCAGGAGUUUGGAUCAGACUGUAGUUCGCCAAAUCACCGCUGUGUUUAUAUAUCUUAUCUAGAUUCUGUCAAAUACUUUAGGCCUGAAAGAGAAACUGCAACUGGAGAAGCUCUUCGUACAUUUGUUUACCAUGAGAUAUUGAUAGGAUACCUUGAAUAUUGUAAGAAACAAGGUUUUGCAGCAUGCUAUUUAUGGGCCUGUCCACCUUUAAAGGGAGAAGAUUAUAUUUUGUACAGCCAUCCAGCAAUUCAAAAAACACCAAAGUCUGACAAGUUGCGGCAAUGGUAUCAUUCAAUGCUAAGAAAAGCAAUCAAAGAAAAUGUGGCUACCAGUGUCACUAAUUUAUAUGACCAUCUCUUUAUUCCUAGCGGACAAUUUCACUCCAAGGUUACAGCAGCCCGUUUGCCAUAUUUUGAUGGUGACUAUUGGUCUAGUGCUGCUGAGAAUAUCAUCAAUAAUUUUGAGAAGCAAAAUGGAGAAUUUAUAGGGAGGAAGGUGCAAAAAUCAAUAACAAAGAGAACUCUUAGAGCCUUGGGCCAUACAAAUCCUUCUGAUGAUAUCACCAAAGACGUACUACUAAUGCAAAAGCUAGGGCAAAUGAUCUCUCCUGUUAAGGAGGACUUCUUUGUCGUCUCUUUGCAAUUUGUUUGCACAUAUUGCCGUGAAAUGAUAAUAUCCGGGUGGCGAUGGUUCUGCUGUCAAUGCAAGAAUUUUCAUCUUUGUGAAAGGUGUCAUGAUGUGGAGCACGGCCUUAAUGGAGGGGACACACACACUAUAAGCGGCAAAGAGAAACAUUCUCUCUCUAAGAUAACGGUGAACGAUGUUCCAUCUGAUACCGAGGAUGAAGAUGUAAUUGUUGAUUCUUGGUUAUUUGAAAAUAGGCAUACCUUAUUAGGCUUCUGUCAGAAGAAUAACUAUCAGUUUGACACGCUCAGACGAGCUAAACAUUCUUCAAUGAUGAUCCUGCAUCAUCUUCAGAAUCAAGUAUUGUCCUCAGCUGGGUCCACCUGCAUCAUUUGUCAGCAGGAUACUUGUAAGGAUGAUAAGAAUGUCUGUGCUAGAUGCCGCAGUGAAAAACAUGGUUUUUUCCGUAUUCAUAAGUUGGCUUAUCAGUCGUCGACUGCUACUCGUGAAACCGAGUGUAGAGAUGAAACUGAGCAUACAGAUGCACGAAAGGCAUUGCUUAAGCUAAAGGAACUUCUAGAUGUCUUACAACAUGCGUCGCUAUGUAGAGCAACCAAGGGUGACCCCUGCUCUAACCCAUACUGCUUUGCGAUGAGAAGAUUGUUCAUCCAUGCAUCCAAUUGCACCACUCGAAUCGCCAGAGGAUGUGCAGUCUGCAUAAAGGCAUGGAAAAUACUGUGGAUUCAUGCAAGCUUUUGCAGGCUAACAGAUUGCCACGUGCCACGCUGCAGAGAUUUGAAGCAGCGUAUGCAUGCACUAUAACUGAGAUCUGGAAGAGGUGACUUUCGACAAGAAACACCCAAAUUUCUCGGCGUAGCUUGGAAUUUCAAGUAUAUAGGAGAACAGUGUAUAUAACCAAUAGCACUAAUCUAGUGUACAGGAUCAGAGUUUAUCGAGAUCAAAUAGCACAGAUAGAGGAGUUACAAAGAAAUGGAAGGCAAAACCAAGUUUUGAUACAUGUCGUGGAAUCAGAUUUAGCUUGCGGUAGUUUACUUAGGCUGAUUCAAGUUUUGAGCCUGUAGAACCAGCAUAUUUUGUUUGAUAUGU